AUGUUUCCGGCUGGUAGAUCAUUUCGAGGUCCCAGAGGAGCCUAUUUUACAACUCUUGUGAAGAGUUUGCCUGCAACAUCAGGACUCACACAGUCAUAUGAGCCACCAUCUGCCUUCAGUGAUCCAAGCAAAAAUGUGUUUGACCAACGAGUGGGAAGGAAAUUCAGAUCUGGUUAGUUUGAGAAGUCAGAAGUCCUACCGGAAGUCCUGAUCGCCAGAUACAGGGAGGGUGAGACAAAUGCUGUGUCUCUGCUCCAUCAGCUUGCCGACAUUUUUCAGUUCCAGCUGGAACUAAAGGAGACUGUAACCACAGGCAACAUACAAGGGCUUUAUUUUGCCUUCUGUGUGGUCAUCGACGGGGUCGAGUACAGGACUGGCAUGGGAAUACGCAAGAAGGACGCUCGGCUUAAAGCAGCUCAGCUUGCUCUGGAGGAGCUGCUGCCCACCUUGGAGAGCCUGAAGUCCCCCCUCCCUGAAGCACCAGCGCUCCCUCCACCCCUGCCAGUUAAAGAUGAGUCCUCCAUCUCUGACGUUCAUCCUUGUGGAGCCAUUCACGGAAGGAAGAAGUCUGUAAACCUCCAGAUUCCACAUGCUGUCAGGAAUCAGCUCACUAAGCUAAUGAACAGCCAUCCAGAGUUCUCCGGCUCUGCAGGCACCACAGCAGCUUUCAUUGUUCAGACUUCCAGUCAAUGUGAGGUGGUCGCUCUCGGCACUGGGAACUUCAAUACAAAGGAGGGUGCCUCGUCAAAUGGACGGCUUGUGCAUGAUUCACAUGCAGUUGUCGCGGCAAGAAGAUCUCUAAUGAGGUUUUUGUACAGGCACCUGCGGAUGUUUUUCAGCAAGAAUGCCAGUAUGAGAGAGCAGUCGAUCUUUCAGCAGAACAACAACAGCAGCCUCCUCAGCCUGAAGAGCGACAUCACCCUUCACCUUUACAUGAACAAACUGCCAAAGGGUGCCGCUCAGAUCCCGUUCAAGCUGCGCAUGAACCCGCUCUCCAUUCUAGCAUGGCAAGUCAACACUGAGAUCAGUCUGCACCUGUCAGUGGAGGGCAAGGUGUUCUCUGUUUUCUCGCCAGCCCUUGAUCACUCUGGCUCCAAAGUGGUCAGCAUGUCCACCACUGACAAGAUCACUCAGUGGCAGGUGCUAGGAUACCAGGGAGCCUUGCUUAGCCACUUUAUUGAGCCCAUCUAUGUCCAAAACAUUCUCAUCGGCGACACUGACUGUAGUGAAAUUCGUGGUAUGGAGAUCGCUGUGAGCCAGCGUGUGGAGGGGAUCACCUCUCAGCUGCCGAUGUUCUACUGCAUGAUAAGGCCCCACAUUAGCCUGGUACCUCCCAUGGCUAUGAACAGCCCAGGCAGUAGCCAGUUGACCUAUAGUAUCAACUGGAGCGAAGGAGACAGCUCCCUGGAGGUUGUGGAUGGCCUCGAGGGCAAGACCAUAGAUGAAUCCCCCUUUAAGAGCAGCUCUGCUCUGGCUAGCCGUCUGUGUAAAGCAGCAAUGCUGCAACGCUUCAGGUUGGUGGCCAAAGAGGCUGAAAGGGAGGACCUGUUGACCACAAGCUCCUACAGAGAAGCCAAGAAGAUGGCAAAGCCGUACCAGGAGGCCAAGAAUGUGCUGCGGGCAUACCUGUUGCAGCAGGGCUUUGGUUCCUGGCUGGACAAGGUUUGGCUUCCUGAUAACUUCACCAUGUGAAUAGAAACACAUUACCAGCAGUUUUGUUUAAAAUUCUAAAAAAUAAAUUGAUUAAAAUCAAUCCCUGCUAGGAGUUAGUGUAUAAAUAUACAUUUGUAUGGCCUUUUUUCAAAGCAGCACAGUGCUUUCUUCAGUAAAUACAUUUAUGUGCAUGGUGAUUAGAACAUGCUUAAUUUAUGUUGUUUUACAGCUUAAAAUAGUAUUGUAUGCAACUGUGUGUGAUUGAAAUAAAUGUGUAGAAUUCAUUGUCAUAACUGUUGUAAGCUGCUUUUAAACAUCGCCUUCAUGUUCCUGAAGGUUCAAGAUGGUUUAAAUCUAGGUCAGUUAUUUUCAAAUUUAUAUAACAUAGAUCUGUUUGGUUGUACUAGUUUGUCAUGUUUGUGUUUUCACCUGUUUGGAAUAGUUUGGUUCAUAUUCAGCAGUUUAACAUCGGACACUGUAUAGUGCAACAUUUGAGUCUUUUCACAAAGAUAAGACAAUAAUAAAACAAACAGAAAGAUUAAGCCAGGAA